AUGCAUUUCAAAGAUAUAACCCCGGUGAGGCGGCUGCGCCCGCGCUGCCCUCACCGCGCUCCGGCUGUGCCGCGAUGCCAGCGGUCCGGCACUGCCACUGGGAAACCUGCCGGGAAGAACACUGGGAAUGUUUUGGUAUUUUCCCCGAGGGCUGGCAGAACUGCUCGCUGUCAGCCGACAGACACCGGCCGUGACCGUGCCCUGUGCGGGGCGGCGGCCGGUUCGGAGCUGCACAAGGCGGCCUGCGCUGCCUCCCGGGGCCAGCCGUCAGCGCUUGGCGCUGCGGGAUCACCGCGGGCGGCAGUGCCGUCUCCGCUCGCCGCCAGGCAGCCGGGAACGUCGCCAGGAUCGGCGGCCGUGAUCCGGCAUCCCGCAUCCCGUCCCGUGUAUCCCGUGUAUCCCGUGUAUCCCGUGUAUCCCGUGUAUCCCGCAUAUCCCGCUCUCCUCAUCCCGCAUCCCGCCCGCACCGCGCGCUGCGGGGCUCGGCAGCGCCGCCCAGCGGCCGCUCCGUCCCGCGGGAGGCGGGCGGGGCUCCCUCAGGCCGCGCCGCCAUGUUGGUGCUGCUUUUGCCGCUGCCUUGCGGUGUUGAGGUGUUGGUCUGUGCCCAACCAGCACCGUACUGUGCUAAGGAAUGGCCUCAGCCCCUGUAAAAACCGGGUGCUGGAUGCUGUUGAAGUGCCAUCGCGCAUAGAUUCUGUGCAGCCCAAUCACAGUGUCUGCCUCAGGUCAUACCAAAGCCCCUGCAACGCCUCAGUUCAAAAGUUAAAAUAGCUUGAUGCAGCAAGGAAGCAAACUUCUGAGAUCUAGAAAGACAGCCUGGAUGAAAGGUGGCUUCCUGGCAUAUUGAAAACUUUCAAAGGAUGAAAUGGAUUGGUUUGGCAGAUCCAAAGAGCCUGAAUUAAUCCCCUGGUUAGAGCAUCUGAACACUGCUGAUGUGGAACAGCACAGCCAGCACUGUAAAGCAAAUAAUUUUGUUUCUACGUGAGUGUGAACCUCCUGGACUUCAGUGAGUGCCUGUGACCAUGGCGAGCUGUGGCAGUGGAAGCCCUUUGCAGCACAAUGUCUGAUCAACUUGAUGCUGAGAACAGCUGCUAGAGUGGGUGAGCUACUUCCACUGGGGUUGCUGAUGUUGCUGAAAUUGGUGCAGGGUAGAACUGGUGCAGUUUUUCCAAGCUCUGCAGUGUACAAGGCUCAAAGGUCAGACUGAGAGCACUGCUUUGCAGGACUGAGAACUCCAAAGAAACUUUCAGUCCUAUAUAGGAUUUAUUAAGCUCAUUAAAAUAACAGCCAGUCCUAGAUGAGCCACAGCUUUACUUACUCUCUGUUGUGGCUCUUGAAACUCAGAGUGUGAUUCCCUCACACAAUAGCAGUGAGAAGCCACAGAUCGAAAGCAGCUGCCACCAUGUUUGCAGAGGGGAACGUGCUCUGAGCACUCAGCAGUUUCUGUCCCACAAGUGCUGCAGCCACUGGUUUACCCCGUUCAGAGAUGUCUCUGUUUGAGUCACAGGUUCAAGUAACCUUCUCAGAAAUGAAGCCACAGACUAGUCACUUCAAAAGGAAAAAAAGCCUCAAAACUGCUGUAAACCAGCCGUGGUUCAUCCUCUGCCUCCCUCAGUUAGGCUGUAUCUGUCUCUGCAAAGCUGUACUGCACUACUGUAUAAUCAGAGGGGGAAUGAAAAGGUAGGUCUUGCUAUCAGUUCUUCUGUGAGAUCUAAGGCUUAUCACACAGCUCCUCUGCUAACCCUGAGGCUUACUUCUCAAGUACUUUCUAAAUCUUGAAUAAGUGAUAUAUCAACUGCUAAAUAUCUGUAGGCAAUCCCCAGAUAUCCCCUCAAUGCCUGAGAAAGUGUAUGUAUUUAAAUGUACAUCCAAAACAUACCUUGGUGAUUUCUCAGUACUAAACAACAUCCUCAGUGUCUAACCCAGCACUUGGAAAGAUCAACUGCCAUUACACUGCAACUUUUAAGAUGCUUGUUAUCGUGGAAUGGCUGCCUUUUGGUGGUAACAGGAGCAACAGCAGAUGGAUAUGAAGUAAGAAAGAUGUUUAGGAAAAGUUAUGUUAAAGCUGUUCUGAGCUCACAAAAUCCUAGAAUUAAUAAGGGAAUCUGGACAUCUUAGAAAAGUGUUACAUUAAAGCAGAAUUUAUUUCAGUUAACUAAAGGAAUUCUGCCUUGUAGUUUGGGGAUAAAAAAAACUUUAAAAAAUAUUGUCCUUGGUUUGUCAACUGUCUUUUGGGCACAUAUUUUCAAAUGGACUGUAGAAAAUCAAGGGUUGUGUAAGCUAAGAUAUACUAGCAAUGCAAACUGCAUAUCCAAAAUAAAAACUAUAUGUAAACUACAUCUCUUAUUGAUCAGUAAGCAAGACCUUUUUUUCUCUGUAAACUAAAUAGGCUACAAGAGUAGCAGUUAAUAGCAGGGGAGGAAAUUGCAUCAUUCAUGGUACAAAUAGAAGGUUUAGUUCAUGUUAAAAGGAGACCUGCCUUUCUUCUAAACAGAGCAGGUUGUCAGUGGUGUUUGACAUGAGUGGAUGAAGCACAAAAACUAACAGCAGCACAGUUGCAGAACAAUUUGAAUCACAGCCCACAGCAGCUUGUCAGUAAGUGGUCACCCUGUGCCGCUGCAAUACCUGAGAGGAACUCACUAGAAAUACUGAACGUGAUGUCCUGUCAGAAAGCCAAAGCAGAGCAUGGUCAGACAGUGCAGGAAAAAGAUCUGUCAUCCUUCGUGGUGCCCACGACAAAGCUGGGGAGAUGCUAUUCAGCUGGGAGAAAGAACAGUAUUCCAUCAAUUCUGGCAAUUUCUUAAUGCUUCCUGAGGCAGCAAGAGGCAGCUCAUAGGAGAUUAUCAACUACAACUGGUAGUCCACAUGUUGAGCCAUGCUGCUCCUCAACGAAAGCACGUUCUCAGUGUAACAAAAGAUUGAUGAGAAUAAUAAUGCAAAGCUUGGGAUGUGUACAAUGAAAAAAAAAAGGGGUGUCUUCCUUGGAGUUUGUAAUUUUUAUUAUCUUGAUCCAUUUGAUAAAUGCCACACAAGCCUUAGUCAGCAGGGAGAGAUGACAAGGCCACCUUGGCAUUCCUGCUUUAACCCAUCACCUGAUGCAAUGCACAGGAAAGGCAAUGCAAGUCAUUUACUGCUGGUGAAAAGUCUCCUUCCAAUGGCCUCCAAAUGCUGAGUGAGGACAGGGGAGGAGCACAGCUCUCUGAUGCUCCUGAGUUCCACCAGGCCACACAGGCAGCCUGCUCACUGUGUAUUCUGAUGGUGUAUUUACACUUCAGCUUCCCUAAAAGCACUAACACAUCAGCACUAACACAUCACUGUUGUGUACAGAAUGCUGCAGAAGGCCCGAAACCAGCAAAAAGUAGAGGAAGGAGCUGAUCCAAAUCAUGGAUGGGCUCUGAAGGUGUUGCUCAGCACAUUGAUACUCAAAUAUUUUCCUCUGAGAGACCCACAUUUCCCACGGUUAAUUGAUGAUCACCAUUCUUGACACCAAGGGGCAAAUAAAAUGCAGCACUGGGAAGGCCAUAAAAGCUGGCCAAGGGUCUCAUCCUUUUCCUUUUCUUGAGAAAUCCGAGAGUUUCUUUGUGUGUAGGGUGGAAGAGAAGCUAUUUCAUUGGUAUAUGUUAAAACAGAUUAUCAACCACAACUUUUUCUGGUGUUUCUGUUACACCUUCUGUGUACCAUCAGUGCACAGAUGAUUAGGGCUUCUACUGCACAUAAGAUAUUAACAAACCAUAAAGUUAAGUUAGAGGAAAAUUCAGUCUUAUUGAAUUUUGCUACCUGAACUGCCUGUCUAUUUAAUUACCUAUUUCACACUGGUUUUAUACACAAAGACAGAGAAGUGGUCAUUUUGCACUUCCACUGUAAAAAAUGAAAGAAACAAAAUACCCUAAAACCCACACACAAAAACACACGCCCAGAAAUAAUUUCUUUUUUAUUUUUAUUGCUUCUUUCAGUUUCCUGUCACUUUUAUCACUGUUUCAUACCAUGCAUUUUGCUGACUGUACAAACACAGCAUACUGCAGUGAUGUAUUAAUCUGCAGCAAACAGUAGCAUAAGGUCUGUAAUAGUGACCACACGAAUAGAACACUGUCAAGUUCUUCAUCAUCUCCACCAUGUCCUUUUCUGACUGUUGUAGUACAGUACAUUGGUUCUGACUUGUCAGCACAGUACAAAAUGAUGAACCAGUGCUAAUAUUUACUGGACACAAGUUUUUUCUCAACUUUCCCAAUUUUCAGAUUGUGGAAAGCUUGAGUUUAUGCCCCUGGACUCUAUUACAGACUCUUGCUUCCAGUUACUGCAGACAAAUCACAAAGUUCUUGCCCCUCCUCAGCCAGUAUUUAUCAUUUCUUCAAGAACUUUCAGGUUAUUUCUCCUGGAAUCAUGUGAAGUCAUUUUUGAACAUAAAUGCAGUUUUCCCUCUAAUUCCUGGUAUUUAAUUUGGGAUCUAAAAUUUCCCUCCUCCUCCCUGUAUAGCUUUCAAUAUGAGUCACAUUCCUAUUUCAUUUGAAACUUUGCUAUGUUGCACCAUUGCUGAACCCAAGUUUCCUACUUCCCCUGCUUAUGUAGAGAUAAAUUCAGUCACUUCCCAUCAACGAAGGUCUUCCCGUGCUGUGUCAUCCUAAAUUCAUGCAUUCCCAUUUGCACUGCAGUCUGCUAUUCCUCCCUUACAUUAAUCACCAAAACACUUUGUGAUCAACAUCUUUGCAGUUUCUCUCAGAACCCAUUUACAAGCCCUGUAAGCAUUACUGUGCCUUUUCCUUCCAUGUGAACCCAGCAUUUCUCCAGCACCUUUCCUGUCAGAUUUCCUAUGCUAAAAUACCUGAACCUUAUCACAAAAGAUUUCUGGAAGACAAAUUCAUUAGGUGCAUUAAUGUAAUUUCAUAUUAUGCAAAAUUGUCCCUUCCCCAAAAAAUGAAAAAUAUGAGAGCAAAUUCCAACUGUGUAACAUUUAAAGGCAAGUCCAUUAGCAGAGUCAAACAAAUGUUACAAAGUAGUCUGCAAAAAAAUUAUGCAAUGUCACACUUUAUUUUAAGAUCUCUCACAUUACUAAGAAUAAUAAGAUACAUGAGCAACGCUCUUUCCUUUGUUGCAGUGACUGCCAAGUGAUGUCACAGAAAAGUUCAUUGUAUAUGUGUGAAAGAAUUUGACAGGUCAGGCUGGUCAGUUAGAAAUGAGACUGUUUAUAUGUCAGUAUAUUAAUAAUCACCAUUUCUGGAAAAAACCAAACCCCCAGAAACAGAAUAGCCACUUGAUGGGUUUGUUGAAAGUUAAUUAAAAGUUAGUGGCUUUUUGAUGUAUAUUCAGGUAAGGCAGCCUGACAAUUCUGUACAGUAUUAAGGAAGUCUAUGAAUCUGAUCCAAAACCAUAAAUGUGGGAAAGCUGUGGAUAAACCCUUUUAGAUGCUGAAAUGCUUUUCUCAUAGGAGAAACCUUGUUUUGUUCAUCAGAAACAUAUUAUUCCAUUAAUGUAACUUUCCAGUAACAUUGACUCAAUCAUUUGCCUCAUGCCAUGCAUUUACUGGAAUGUUUUCUAGUUUAUCUUUAACCCCUUAGGUCCAGUUAUUAAGCAGAGCUACACAAGGAGCCAAAACUUCAUUUUUAUUACAAAAGUUUGAUUCAAUAUUACUUUAUUACCUCCUUUCUUCUUCUACUCUUUUGUUGUCUUGUACCACACACUGCAACUUGUUAGAAGUCUGGAAUAGGCUGCCCUGGGCAGUGGAGGAAUCAGCAUCCUUGGAGGUGUUCAAAAGGUACUUGGGGUCACAACUUAGAGGUGAAGAUGGUGCUGCUGGGUUAAUGGUUGGACUCAAUGGUCUCAGAACACUUUUCCAAACUUAAUGAUUCUGUGAUUCUAAAUCUAGACUGUGAGGGCUCUAAAGCAGAAACCAAACCCACUAUUCAGUUUUGUCUUUUGCUUUGCAAAGAUAUUAAUUCACAAGGGUUAGGGAUUACAAUACUGGGAUUCAGCUUGUAAGGCUUGUGUGUUUGUGAUCUCUGCAGACCAUAUCAACACCUUAGUCAAUAACUAUGUUUGUUUAAUGACUGUAGUAAGUACAAAACUAAGAACUGCCAUACGAGGUCAGACUAAAGGUCCACUUAGCUCAACGUGUUGUAUAUUCAAACAGAAAUUAGUAUUGGAUGCUUAGGAAACAGCAUCUAUGGAAUAAGUGCUGCCCUUGCUCUGCCCUCACAGUUUCUCAUGAUAAGCAGUUUAAAGAUUGGUUUGUGCUGAAAAGUAUAAAGGGAUCAAUCUGCCAAGAACCUGUUUUACCAUUCUUUGAAACCUUUCACAAUUCCGAUUUUCACAACAUCCCAUGGCAAAGAGUUCCAAGAUUUAAAUACUUUAAAGUAUUUCCCUUGUCUCCAUCACUUACCUAAUUAUUUCCUUUGCCGCAUAUUUUUUCUUGCACAAUGAGAAAUAGCAUUCAUCUCUGACUUAACUGAACAUCCCCCAUCUGUCUUUUCUACACCAUUCAAUCACUUUACCCAGCCCGAAAAUUUUCAUAAGGUGUCAUUUCAGUGACAGCCACUCCAUCCCCUGCAACACCCUGAUGGUCCUUCUCUGCAUCACUUCCAGUUCUGUGUCUCCUGGCACUACUGCUCUACUGCAGAGGUAGAAGCACCAUGUUCCCCAGGGACACAAGGAUGAACAUCUUCUCUUUUAUUCUCAAUUGCUUUUUUAAUAACAUACAAACUUCUGUUUGCCAGAAGUCUGGUCCCAUGGACGGGACACCCAUUAGGAGCCGAAACACAUUUUCUGCUUUGGUUUCAUUGGAAGGGAGUGCAGCUCUCCACGACAGUGCUGUGAUGCAAGCAGAGGGAUCACAGGGAGAUUCACUUCAAAAGCAUGCACGUGAUCCAAGUUAAAAUACUAACAUGGACAUGCCCAGAAACCUUCCACGAUGACUCCAAGAUUUCUCCAGAAUAGUAACAUGUUCUUCAGGGCUCAUUUUUAUGCAUGUAUAGUCAGGAUUAUUUUUCCUUUGAUCAUUAGCUUGCAUUUGUAAGCAUUGAAUUUCAGUUGCUGUCAUUCAGCUCUUCACUGCCAACUUUUGUCUUGACAAUUACAAUAAUAAUAAUAAUCUAUAAAUUAUCAGGAGUAAACGUGAUUAUUUUCAAGUAAUUGAUGGCUCUGUUUUACAACACAGGUCCCAUUACCAGUGUCUGAAACCUCUAUUCAAGGACACCUCUCUGUAAACCAGGUGGUCUAAGAGAUGACCUAACCUUCUGAACCACAGUUUGGUUUUGUUACCAGCUGCUCCUAUGGGAUCUUACAAAAAAGUUUUUUGAAAAACCCUUUACACCAGCCCUUUACACCAUUCUUCUCUAAAUAUUGACCCUAAGAUCUGUGAGAUGGCCUAUAAAAUGUUAACUCUUGUCCAAACCAAGACAUGUUCACAUGUAUCUGCUAAUUCUAUUUCUUUUGACAGGUGAUACUAAUCUGUAUGCAAUGGUGCUCAGACUCAGCGCUGCGUACUCCCUUAUAUUCCUUCUUAAUCCAUUUGGUAUGAGCACAUAUAAGUGAUUAAUAUAAGAUGAUUUCACCAAACCCCAACAAAAUCUAAAUAAAUUCACUGAAGAACCUGAAGGAAGAAAAUAUCCUCAUUGCUUCUGAUUUGCUCCUCUGAAGGAAUGGGGUGCAAAUUUUGUGGGUAUUCUAUGAGACAUCUAGGAAAGCUCAAGUAGGGGAAUUGCCAUUUUCAGACAGAAGUAUCUUUCUGACAGAUGUUUUAAAUGGUUUUAUUUUAGUGUUGUGUUGUAGUCUCCUGCUCAUACUACCCUUUACCAUUUUGCAAGAGUCAGCCUAAUUCCUCUUUUUAGAGAGGCAUGAGAAGAAUCCUUCUUUUCUACACAGGUCAAUCAUAUCAAUUUCUUGUGAAAGUCCUUAGAGAUCUAAUAGAUUUGCAGCAAUAUUUCAUAUCAGGACUCAUAAUGAGGUAGUAUUGAAAUAGUAUUGUAAUCUACAUUUGCUCUGUGUAAUAGAAGAAAACAGACUCAAGUGUAUUUCCUUUUAGUGUUACAAUAUUACCAAUGUAAAGUUUUAGUAGUAAACAAAGAGUGUGGCAUUGAAAUUCAAGAGGCAGAAAGGAUGAAUUUCCUUUUGUCAAAACCAAAAUAUUUGCAUUUGCAUGAAUGUACAUUAUAAACAUUUGACUUUAAUUAUAUUGUUCUAACAGUUUGAAUACAAGAAACAGUUAACUAUUUAAUAUUUUUUUGCCAGUAUCAGGAUGCCAGUGCCAUAAAAUGUGCUGCAAAAAUGAUCUGAAAAAUAUAUGGAUAAGAAGGAACAACAAAAAGGGAUUGCACUGAUGAAAAUGUACAAAGCCAAGAAACUGUACUAAUGCUAGAAGUCAAAUGAAUGGACAAAGAAAUGCUAUUUACAACAUUGCUGGCCAUCACAAUCACUCCAUUGAUUAAAAAAAAUAAUUAGCCCAUUUCCUUCAAUAUUACACCACAUUUAAAUUUUGCCAUUAUUUGAGCUGUCUCUCUCAAAAUAUUUUAACUUCCAGAAGCAAUUACUAAGCAAUGAGUUUAUUGCUGGAUUUUAAUAUUCAAUCAAAGACCAGCCCAAAAUAAAGCAGUGUAUUUGUCAUUCAGGAGGUAUUACAAAAAAUGAUGCAAUUUUAAUCUUUGGAUAGUCAUGGGCACUGAACCUGGACACUGAAGGGAAGGAAGCCUGUUCAGUUCAGUGGCUUUGGUGGCACCUUCACUUCAUAUGUUCAGGUUUUUAAGAGUGACAAGGGUGUAUUUCAGUGUCCCUCCCAAGCAGCAGCACACUUAAGACUUAUACCUUGAAGCAAGCUACACUUCAGCCAGAUAAAACACUUUAUCAAGAUUGUAACAAGAAAUUAAUUGGCUUUGGGUGUCCCAAAAUAUUCUCAGCAGUUUACAGUGUAAUGAGGAAGUUGGGCUUGUGGUUACAGUGAUGAUGUAGGUAAACAAGACAGUCAUGGGCACUGCAAUGUUCCAUAUGCAGCUCUGAACUGGAAUUUCUUAUUAAGACAAUGAAUAUUGCCAGUUAUCCAGGUCUGCUUUUGAACCUUGCUUGGUAACUUUAAUUUAGAGAAGUCCCAUGACGUGGGCAGAGGGGACCUCUGCUUAACUCUUUGUUACCAUCUUUAUACUUCAAUCUAUACCUCAGAUGAUUGCCCAGUUUAGGACUGAGGAAUGCAGUCUGCACUGCAAAUCACACCACAUUUGGAACAGAGUCCUGAAAACUUUCAUCAGGCAACAAAAUUUCUGGAUUUCUACCUACUGAAGUUAAUACUGCUCUGAGGUUACUUGAUUUUGAGGACAGUUGUCUUCUAAACACUGAUUUUGACAACAGAUCAGUGAUAAUGUAUUGAUAAAUAGCUGACUGCCCAAAAUAGUUGUUAGUAAAGCU